AUGGGAACAAGAGCAGAACGUAAUAAGGAAGAUUUUGUUGGUGGUGGGUUUGGAUUUGGAGUUGUGGAACAUUCUCAUAGAGAAGCUAUGAUACCAUCACAUCAUUAUCCAUCAUAUAUAUCACCUUCCUCUUACUGUUCCGCUGGUGUUAGCGAACCUGUGUUCUCUGCUUCAAGUAAUCAUGCAUACACUUCUUCUCUUGGUGAGAUGUACUCCCUCGGAGUCGGUUCUAACUCUGCUGCUGUUUCAGCUGCAGACCCUUUAUUCACCUUGAGCUCCUCAGGGGAGAUGGGAAGAAGUAUGAGUGAAAAGGAAGUUGCAGCUUUUAGUGAAGCUCAGUGGCAGGAGCUUGAGAGGCAGAGGACUAUCUAUAAGUACAUUAUGGCUUCUCUUCCUGUUCCUUCUGAGCUUCUCACACCCUUUCCCAAGCACCCUUUAAACACUAACCAUCAAGAUGUGGCAAUGGCCAAAGGAGGUUCAUUGAAGCUGGGGAUUACUUCAAAUGCAAGCAACAACGCUGCUGAUAUGGAGCCAUGGAGGUGCAAGAGAACAGAUGGGAAGAAAUGGAGAUGCUCUAGAAGCGUGGUCCCUGAUCAGAAAUACUGUGAAAGACACACACACAAGAGCCGUCCUCGUUCAAGAAAGCAUGUGGAAUCAUCUUCUCAACACAAUGACACUCGUACCACUAAGAACGUUACAAGCCAGUACGCUGGAGCCUAUCCUCAGUUUUACGGACAACCAGUAAACCCAUUCUCUUCAUUUUCCACUCUUCCAACUCUUUCCUCUUCAAAUGAUCACAAUAGGUUGUUUAUGAAAGAAGGUGACGCCAAUGCAAAUAUAAAUCCAGUGGUUGGACCAAGCAGAGAGCUCAAAAGGGGAUUUGAUUAUGAUCUGAACUUCAGACAGAAGGAGCCAUUAGUAGACCAGAGGUUUGGAGCAUUGGAGGGUCUGUUGAGUCCAAACCGGCAAGAGACAAGGCGGUUUUUUGUAGAAGGGGAGCAAGAUGAAGCAAUGGGAAGCUCUCUGACACUAUCAAUGGCAGCAGGUGGAGGGAUGGAGGAAGCAGAAAGGAAAUGCCAGCACCACCAGUGGGUCAGUCAUGAAGGACCAUCAUGGCUCUGUUCAACAACACCAGGUGGACCGUUAGCUGAAGCACUGUUUCUUGGUGCUUCUAACUACCAAAGUACUAGUACUACUACUAGUAGCUGCAGCAGAAGCUCAGGCUGA